GCUGUUAAUGCGUGUGUAUCGCGGUUGCACAACUUUUGGAACGACGCGCGAACGUCAAAAAACUUGUCAAAGAGUGAGAAAAUUGUGUUUAAAAUCCUUCAAAAUCUUUGCAAUCAACCAUGGCUUCAGUGUAAGUAACAUGAAAUACUAAAAUUCAAUCUUCGUUGUAAUGGAACAACGUGUUAUUUUGGGUUUUCAUGGUAAUUUGGUAGGGAAUUUUGUUCUCCAAAAUGGAGGGUCUGGAUUUUGCACAUUUGCGCAGUGCUGCACUUGUUGUUUGGGAUUUCUGGUUUUUUGGCAUCUUAUUGACGGAUCAUUGUAAAAAGCGGCAGCAGAGGGCAAAGUUCUUAUCAUUAUAUAUUAUUCUCACAGUGGUAUAAAUCUGCAGCAACAUUUUAUAUUGUUCAAGAUUAAAUAUCUUAGAACUGCAUUUUUAUAUCAAGACUGGUUUAUGAAAGUUUCUGUGAUCAAAGUGAUAAACCAGUAGAAGUACAUGAAGUGAAUGUAUAGGAAUGGUUGACAAAUAAACUUGUAUACUGCUUUGAUGCUCACUGCCAGGCCAGCCACCCUACUGACAGAUUAUUUAAUGCUAGCUUGUACAGAAAAGUCGGUUUUCAUUCGAAGUUAUUUAAAAAUCAGAGAUUCUGAGACCCUGUUUACACAGUACCGGACAAAUUUGGAACCGGGCUGAAAUGCAUCCUUUUUUGUGGAAUCUGACAAAUUUGAGAACCCCUAACAGGACGAAUUUGUGUGUAAACAGGCGAAAAAGGAUGAAUUUCAGUCUGGUCCCAAAUUCGUCCAGUACUUUGUAAACGGGAGCUGAGAUAACCCCUUUUGCUCCUUUGCAAUGUUUUUUUGAAAACCUAUGUUGUCCUUGGCAAAAAACUGUUCAAAGUCAGUAAUACUGUGGUAAUAUUGAAAUGUUUUUUUACUCUGAAUCAUGGUGCAAAUAAUUUGUUUAUUACGUACAUUCUUUCAAUUCCAGAGCUUCAAAGCCCAGGUCAGACAUGACACCAGAAGAGCUUGCUCAACGAGAACAGGAGGAAUUCGCAACCGGUCCCUUAUCCAUACUCACCCAAUCUGUCAAAGAUAAUGCCCAAAUCUUGAUCAAUUGCCGAAACAACCGGAAACUACUCGCCCGUGUGAAAGCGUUCGACCGACAUUGUAACAUGGUGUUGGAGAAUGUGAAGGAGGUUUGGACGGAAACACCGAAAGCUGGCAAGGGCAAGAAGAAGGGGAAACCUGUAAACAAGGACAGAUAUAUCGCAAAGAUGUUUUUGCGUGGAGAUUCUGUUAUUCUUGUUUUAAGAAACCCCAGAGCCGGUACAGGAAAGUAAGGAGACAUUUAGCAGGAUAAUGAUGGCCACAAACAUUUUAGACAAUGUUGCAUUCCUGUAUUUAGUAAGCCAAGUUGAAGAAUGCUUCUUUAAUUAAUGGCUUAAAGAUCCAGGCAACCUAGCUCUUUAGAGCUAGUUUAAACGAUGGAAGAUUUAUCGUGCUUUUACAGUGCAUCUACUGUAAGUGGGGCCACUUAGAGAACACUAACCAAUCGCAUUGCAGAACAGAAAGAAAAAUCUAAUCAAACUAAAGCUCGUCCAAUCAAAAGAAAGAUUCAGGAAGCCAUUAACUGCAGUGUUUACUUUUACAAGUCUAUUUUUACCGUUUGACAUUCGUUUAUUUGUUCAAAUUGUUUUUGUCCUAAUGCUGAUUGGCUAAUGCGCGUUUGUUGAUUUUUUCAAUUUCUGUUCUUCAAUGUGAUUGGUUAGUGUUCUGUAAGUGGCCCCACUUACUGUAGACGCACUGUAAAAUGUCACUUUGGCUAUGCAGCCAUGUUUACAUGUAAGCAGUGGUGUGGCCAGCCCGACAAUUUAGUCCCGCUAUGCAAAUUCAAAAUUAUUAUCAUUCAUUUCUUUAGAAAUUGAUUGUUUUCACAGUCAAUGAACACAAAAAUUUUUGCACAGCGGGACUAAAUCGUCGGCUGGCUACGCUACUGCAUGUAUGUGACAUAUUUGGUCCGGUCCAAACAAGAUAAGCGGGCUUUUAAGUCUCCCAGAAUGAGACCAUUUUCAUUAUUAUUGUUAAUUAAUAUACUAUUUGUAAAGCUUUGUAAAUGUUUGUUGCAUCUUCAUAUUAAACAUUUUCCAUAUGCAUUGUUUCAUUUCACAGUGUAUUAUCAAGUAUAUACUUGGGUAACACU